GUGCUGCUGCUUUAAAGUGUUGAAUGUCAACCUUCUGAAUUUCCAGCAAAGGUGCACGGGUGAAUGAAUUCAUCAUCACCUCCAUCCUAACACAUACACACAUACAAUAAUGUCGUUCGAUUUCGGUGAAAGACAAGAAUCAGAUCCAACGGCAGAUUUCCUUGCUCGUGAAAGAGCGGCUGCUGGUGCGUUAUCAGGGGAAGCAGAUCUGUUCGGUGGAUCAACAGGACAAACAGGCGGAAAUAGUUUAAGUUCUUUGCAAGGUCAAUCAGUUCCAUCCGGAAAUCACGAUUUCGAAACUUCAGCUUCUAAUUUCCCUGCCCUUGAUGGAGAAGAUGAUGGCUUUGGCGCACCUACUUCAACCACAAAUGCUGCGCCAAAUGCAGGAUUUGACGGUGAUGAUCUAUUAGGCGGUGGUGGUGGUGCACCGGCUGCACCCGUCGAUUCAGAGCGCGAUCAAUUCGAGAAGCAAUUCCCAGAACUCGAUGACGAUAUCCCUUCAGAGCCACAUCCUGCUGCCCAUGCUUCUACUAAUGGAUUCAUGGCUCCAAACGUCGGCUCAAACAUUGGUUCUGGCGCACAGGAAAACUCAUACCGUGCACCUAGUGUUGCUCCCGGUGUACCAGCUGAUCCAUAUGGCUUGCACGGUGAUGAUGAGGAACCAGAAGCCGUUCGUAGAUGGCGUGAAGAACAAGAAGAAGAUAUCGCACGCAGAGAAGCAGCAGCCGAACGUAGAAAAGGAGAAACGAUCAGUAAAGCAGAACAGGAUAUCGAUAAUUAUUAUGCAGAAUAUAAUAAAAAGAAGGAAAAGAGUAUUGCAAAGAACAAAGAAGCCGAAGCAGCAUUUAAAGCACAAAGACAAGCUGAAUUAGCAGAAGGUACAACUUGGUCUCGUGUAACGAAAUUGGUCGAUUUGCAAAAUUCUCAAAGCAAAACGAUUGCAAGAGGUGGACCUGGAUCUUCUGAUUUAACAAGAAUGAAAGAGAUUCUGCUCAGUCUGAGACGGGAAGGUGAAACUGCCCCAGGUGCAAGUGGAUAUUAAGCAAAGACGAUAAUGUACUUCCCUUGAAGGGUAUCCAUACAAGUUGUUGUUCAGUUCUACUUUAAAUGUAUUGUUCAUUCUGUUAUCAAGCAUGUCUCACUAUUAUAGUUGAAUCUGAGCAUAUUAUUAAAUCCAAGGCACAAACAAGGUAAAUGUA